AUGCUACUGGAACAGCGAGUGGAGCACCUGGUACCUGCUUUCCUGGGUAGAGACCCCUCCUACCUCUUCACAUUCUUGAGAACAUACAAAACUUUUGCUACCACCCAGCAGGUCCUGGAAAUACUGUUUAUGAGAUACGGAUGCUUCCAUUCAGAGGCUGAGGAGGAUGGCGGACCCCGGGAGCAGGAGAAACUGGCCAUCUCCUCCAUCCUGGGCACCUGGCUGGAUCACUACCCCGAGGAAUUUUUCCGGCCUCCAGACUUCACCAGCUUGAAGCUGCUGCGGGCGUAUGUAAGGGCCCACAUGCCGGGCUCCGAGCUGCAGCGCCGCGCCCGCCUUCUCUACUCAUGGCGGAAACACCCUUUGGCAGCAGCUCUAGAGCCCCGUCCAGACGUGCCUCGGGAGCGAGCCCCCGCUAUCUCUGGGGUGCCCACUGCAGCCUCGCGGCCCAGGCUGCCUGAAGCCACCAGUUCUCCUGGAGCUCAGCGGGUACGAGAAUCGGAGACCCUCACUGCAGCGUCCCCACCAGGGCAGGAGGUACUCCCAGCUCUGGCUGACAGUCAGGAGCUGGAAGAGCCACCUGCCCCUUUGGUGGCCCCAGAGCAUGAGCAGCCCCCAGCCCCAGCCGGCGGGGUCACGGAACGGCUGGAGCAACCACCUGCUGCAGCUGAGCAACCAGCCUCAGCUCCCCAACAGCGGCUCAUGUCGGCUGCAGCCCCACAGGAUGAAUUCCCUGACCUUGUCAUUGUGUUCUUUAUCAUUUCUGUAGUUGUUAUAGCGGGAACCCGGGUCCAACGCAGAAAGCUCACUCCUGAGUCCCCAGACUGCAGCCGCAAAGGAGCCCAAGAAGAACCCGGAGCACAAGGGGCACAGCUCCUGGGCGACAGGGUCUGCACCACUGCACCUCGCUGGGCCCACCAGAUGCUCUGA